UGCCGCGCCGGGGGCAGAGUCCAGCGCGGGCGGCAGCGGCCGGAGCGUGGAAGAUGCCGCUGGGGCUGCGGAGCAAGAAGAAGAAGGACAAGUCCAAGGAGACCUUCAAGCUGGUGGAGAGCGAGGCGGCGGCUCCGGCCCCGUCCCCGUCCCCCGCGGCGGCCCCGGCCCCGUCGCGGCUGCAUUUCCACACGCAGCUGGCGCACGGCAGCCCCACGGGCCGCGUGGAGGGCUUCGGCAGCGCCCGCGAGCUGUACGGCAGCAUCGGCCGGGCCUUCGGCAUCGACCCCGCGCAGAUCAUGUUUUGCACUUUGAACACUUAUAAAGUUGACAUGGACAAGCUCUUAGGUGCACAAAUUGGCCUUGAAGAUUUCAUAUUUGCCCACGUGAAGGGACAACGAAAAGAAGUGGAAAUUCUUAAAACUGAGGAUUUGCUGGGACUUACUAUUACAGACAAUGGGACUGGCUGUGCAUUUAUAAAGAAAAUCAAAGAAGGCAGCCUGAUGGACCAAACCAGAACUGUCUGCGUGGGUGACCACAUAGAGACUAUAAAUGGCAAAAACGUGUCGGACUGUCGGCAUUAUGAAGUCGCCAAAAUGCUGAAAGAUCUGGAGAAAGGUCAGAUGUUCAAGCUGGAGUUGAUAGAGCCUUUGAAAGCAUUUGAAAAGCUGGAACCAAGGUCCAAAGGUGGAGCUUUGACAGAGGCAAAAAUCUCCAAAGGGAGAGAAACACUUCGCCUGAGAACCAAAGGCACUGCUACUGUGGAGGAGAUGCCAACUGAAGUUGAAGAAAAUGCAAUUAAUAAAGUGGAUGAGCUUCUUGAAACAUACAUGGGGAUAAGAGAUAAUGAAUUAGCUGCAACCAUUGUGGAAGCUGGAAGAGACAAGAGAAACCCCGACGAGUUCGCGGUGGCCUUGGAUGAAACUCUUGGAGACUUUGCCUUCCCGGAUGAAUUUGUCUUUGACGUGUGGGGAGCGAUAGGAGAUGCCAAGCAGGGACGACUGGAAUGAGAACUGUGCAACUCCAUCAGUCCCUGUUUGAAAAUACAAAGUGAUUUGCAAAUAUUUCCAUCAGUAACUUUAUCGAGAUGAGUUCAGGGUGCUCUGUGUAAAGUGUUCUCGUCUGAGGCUUUCCUUUUGCAAAGGAAGGUUUCUAAUAAAACCAUGAAGAGAAACCCAAAGUUUCGACAGCUGCACGUUUAAAAAACUUAAUUUGCACGCAGAAAUCGCUGUGAGGGGCGCGUCAAGGUGAUAUAUUUAUACAGAAAUUUUAUGAAAAUGAUGUACUUUUUAUUGUACGGACACUUUGAUAUAUCCAUAUUCUGAAAAGCUUUAGACAGAACUCAGCAAGGAGUUUGGAUUAUUUUAUCUCUUUAGAGAGGUUUAUAAACUUGUUGAGGAACUACCUAGCUCUAUGCUGCAGUUCCCUGGUUUUCCUUUUGUCCCUGAGUAUUCAUGUACACAAAAAGCUGAGAAAAACCCAAAGCCUCAGGUUUUCUUACAGUUUGGCUUGGACAUUGUCUUUGCUGUGUAGACAAAGCUGGGAAUAAGUUACUCUGAUUCUUUAGGAUGCAAAUUCAGCAAAAAAAAAAUAAAAAAUCCUCUAAAAGAUGAGAACUAAAGUCUUGGAAUGAAAAGACUCGUUUGCCUUUGAGCCACAGGACAUUCUGUCUGGAUAUUACUGAGGUGAGUAAGUAGGGUAGAAAUGCUUAAAGUAGGAGGCUGCUGCUUUAUUCAGAUGCCAUAUUAUUGCAAUAGGAACUGUGGAUGGAGAAAUAAAUGUUAAUUUUGAUUCCUGUUGAUAUAUUUGAAUAAUAUCUGUGAGUUGGCUUUGGAGACUACAGUCUAGGACUAGUUGAUCUUUGCAUAUGCUAAAUGAAUUCUUGAAAUCUAGUGGAAUUCCCCUCUUUUCUGUGUUUUUUUUUCAAUGUGGAAACACAGGAGGAAUUGAAGGUGUUCAGACCUAGAGAUAAUUCUUGUAAAAUCACAGACACUCAUGGUUUGGAUGACAGUGCAUGACUAAACCCUGAAAAAUACGUUAAACUGCUUUUAGAUGUUAGGAUUUCCAAUUAUAUUUGUACAUAAGCGUUUAACUGCUAAUUUUUUACCAAUAAAUCUGAGAUUAUAGAAAAUGAAAUUAAACAAGAAUGUGGGGUCUGACCUGGGAAGGUGUCCUAGCUUUUUAGUAUUUUUAUAUUUGCAUAAGAGUAUAAAAUAAUAAUUAUUACAAAACUUUGUUUUCUAAGUCACUUCCUAGUUACUUUUCUUCUGAGGAAAAUGUCUUUCACUGUCUCACAGACAUCUCUUUAAAAUAAAGACUAUGCCAAUAAUUUCA